GGCGGCGGGCUGAGGAGGCGGCAGCGGCGGCGGGAUGGAGGGGCUCAUCCCGCUCGUUAACCGGCUGCAGGAUGCCUUCGCGGCGCUGGGCCAGAACUGCCUGCUCGACCUGCCGCAGAUCGCGGUGGUUGGCGGGCAGAGCGCCGGCAAGAGCUCCGUGCUGGAGAACUGCGUCUCCAGGGAUUUUCUUCCACGAGGUUCUGGAAUUGUGACAAGACGACCAUUGGUCCUGCAGCUCAUCACUGCCAAAACAGAGUAUGCUGAAUUUCUACACUGCAAAGGGAAGAAAUUUACUGAUUUUGAUGAAGUUCGUCAGGAAAUUGAAGUAGAAACAGACAGAGUAACAGGAAUGAACAAAGGCAUUUCUUCAGUUCCUAUUAAUUUAAGAAUAUAUUCUCCACAUGUCUUAAGCCUGACCCUUAUUGAUUUGCCGGGAAUCACUAAAGUGCCAGUGGGGGAUCAGCCUCCAGAUAUUGAGCAGCAGAUCAGAGACAUGAUAAUGCAGUUCAUCUCCAGAGAGAACUGCCUGAUCCUGGCUGUGACUCCAGCUAACACUGACCUGGCCAACUCAGAUGCCCUGAAGCUGGCAAAGGAAGUGGACCCUCAGGGCCUUAGAACCAUCGGUGUGAUCACAAAAUUGGAUCUGAUGGAUGAAGGAACAGAUGCAAGAGAAGUUCUAGAAAACAAACUCCUCCCUCUUCGUAGAGGUUAUAUUGGUGUUGUAAACAGAAGCCAGAAAGACAUUGAUGGGAAGAAGGACAUAAAAGCAGCUCUUCUAGCAGAAAGGAAAUUCUUUCUUUCUCACCCAUCCUACAGGCACAUGGCAGAUCGGAUGGGAACACCGUACCUCCAGAAAGUUCUAAACCAGCAACUUACCAAUCAUAUCCGGGAUACCCUGCCAGCUUUCAGAAGCAAACUCCAAAGCCAGCUGCUUUCCAUAGAACAUGAAGUAGAGGUAUAUAAAAACUUCAGACCAGAAGAUCCCACCAGAAAAACAAAAGCCCUGUUGCAGAUGGUACAGCAGUUUUCAGUGGACUUUGAAAAAAGAAUUGAAGGAUCAGGAGAUCAAGUUGAUACGCUGGAACUUUCAGGAGGUGCCAAAAUCAAUCGUAUUUUCCAUGAACGUUUUCCCUUUGAACUUGUGAAGAUGGAAUUCAACGAGAAGGAGCUGAGGAGAGAGAUAAGUUAUGCCAUCAAGAACAUUCAUGGGAUCAGAACAGGUUUGUUCACUCCAGAUAUGGCGUUUGAAGCCAUUGUUAAAAAACAGAUUGUUAAGCUGAAAGGACCUUGUUUAAAAAGUGUGGAUCUGGUGAUGCAAGAGUUAAUCAACACUGUCAAGAAGUGCACUAAAAAGUUGGCAACAUAUCCAAGGUUGUGUGAGGAAACAGAAAGAAUUGUUGCUGGCUACAUUCGUGAAAGAGAAGAGAAAACCAAGGAUCAGAUGCUGCUGCUCAUUGAUAUCCAGGUUUCUUAUAUCAACACCAACCAUGAAGACUUCAUUGGCUUUGCAAAUGCCCAACAAAGAAGCAGUCAGGUUAACAAAAGUGCAGUGGGAAAUCAGGUCAUCCGGAAAGGCUGGCUCACCAUCAACAACAUUGGCAUCAUGAAAGGAGGAUCCAAGGAAUACUGGUUUGUCCUGACUGCAGAGAGCUUGUCCUGGUAUAAAGAUGAUGAGGAAAAAGAGAAGAAGUACAUGCUGCCUUUGGACAACUUGAAAGUGCGAGAUGUGGAAAAGAGCUUCAUGUCCAGCAAACACAUCUUUGCAUUGUUUAACACAGAGCAGAGGAAUGUUUACAAGGAUUACCGUUUCCUUGAGCUAGCCUGUGACUCCCAAGAGGAGGUGGAUAGCUGGAAGGCAUCUCUGCUACGAGCCGGUGUCUAUCCUGAUAAAUCCUCAACUGAAACUGAAGAGAAUGGCCAAGCAGAUAAUUUUUCAAUGGACCCCCAGCUGGAAAGACAGGUGGAGACAAUUCGAAAUCUUGUGGACUCCUACAUGUCCAUUAUUAACAAAUGUAUCCGAGAUCUGAUCCCGAAAACAAUCAUGCACCUCAUGAUCAAUAAUGUAAAAGAAUUUAUCAACGCAGAGCUGCUGGCUCACCUGUAUUCUUCUGAGGACCAGAACACUCUGAUGGAGGAGUCGGCGGAGCAGGCGCAGCGGCGGGACGAGACCCUGCGCAUGUACCAGGCGCUGAAGGAGGCACUGGCCAUCAUCGGGGACAUCAGCACCAGCACCGUGUCCACCCCUGCUCCCCCACCUGUGGAUGACUCCUGGCUUCAGCAGACACGCAGAUCACCUCCUCCAAGUCCUUCAACUCCGAGGAGACCUACCUUGAACAAUCCCCCCACCAGACCUUUAUCUGGCCGAGGACCUGCUCCUGCCAUCCCCUCUCCAGGCCCCCAGUCGGGGGCUCCCCCAGUCCCGUUCCGGCCGGGAGCUCUGCCUCCAUUUCCCAGUGCUGAAGCCCAUGGAGGACCCCCCCAGGUUCCCUCUCGUCCCAGCCGGGCUCCUCCCAGCGUGCCAAGUCGAAGACCGCCCCCUUCACCUACUCGGCCCACUGUAAUCCGUCCGUUAGACUCCUCCCUGUUAGACUAAAAGGAGUUUCUGGCAUGUCACUCGUUGUUAACCAAAUAUGUGGAAACAAAUUGCUUGGUAACUGUCACAAUAACCAGUGUAUAGUCGCAUGUAUGGACAUCUCUAGGCAAGUAACCAAUUUUACUGAUAUUCUCUGUCCAUUCCGCACUGUUUAUGAGGUCUUCAAUGUUUGGGGAAGGUCUGUGCUGCCUUGACUUUUCCUUCUGCAAUAACUGAUGUUAGCUAACUUACUGACACAUAUCUCCACCCAGACAACUGUGCUCACAGUCCUCUACAGCAAAUGGAGGGCUUGACUCUGUGUGUCUUUGUGCAUGUGUUGAUUUGAUCUGCUGCUUUUUUUCCCCCCUCUUACCUGAAAGGAAUCUUGCUUUUAUUUGUACCUUCUAGGUUUUCUAUUUUCUAUUGUAAUGGCUAAACUGGGCAAAGAAAAGCCAUGUGGUUUCUUACCAAGCUCUUCUGAAGGCCCCACACUUCCAGGUCUCUCUUGCAAGAGGCUUGCUUCUCCUAUAAAUUGUCCUUAUCCGAAAUUUAGUUCUAAGGAAUGUUGUUAAACGAGCAGGGUGUGUGUGGGACAAGGCAUGUUUUGCUGUAUUCCCAUCCUGGCAGCUGCCAUGCCAGGUUGGUUGGGUUGGUGAGGAGCAGGCUGGGGACAGGGUGGUUUGGAGGGCUGGGGUGUGACACAGCAGCGUGUGCCAUGUCCCUCUGUCCCUGCUCACACUCCUGCUCCCUCUGCGCUCCUGGGAAGCGCGGGAGGGGAGUGAGUGCAUGGAAGUGUGCUGUGUGCAGGAUCCAGGGAACUGAGCACUGCUUUUGGUCCCUUUGUCACCCAGAAGGACACAGAGACACAGAUACAUGCACAGCUGGGCUGGGUCUCCCUCCUGUGCCCACUGUGGGAGCCCCAGCCUGGACUGGCAGCUGAGCCUCCCAAGGGCCAGGUUUGGAUGUGAGAUAUUUGUGAUAUUUUCACAUGCCAGUCAAUAAAGUUUCCCUGUGUCCCCUGUGUAAAGAUUUUCUUUUUGCAUUACACGGUCCUUGCACACACCUUGGUUUACAGCUAAGUUCUGGGAAGUGCUCAGCUGUGCAUCCUGGAUUAUUUUAGCAGCUGCUCACUUGCAGAGGUGCUCUCUGCCUCUUGUUUUGCACGUUAUAAAUUAAUGCAUUGUAAAAACCUUUUGUCUUAACUGCAUUACUUCACUUUAAACACUUAGGGUCAGUGUCACCCUUAAAGCUUAGAACUUAUUAACAGAAUGAAACUAGAGAGGAAUUUGGCCUUGUUCCUUCAGAAAAUAUGAAUUGCUGCUAUUAAAAUUAUGGUUACAGAUCCCCUGGCAAAGCAAUUGGUGAUUUCAAAGGCCCCCAGUACAAUCAGCCUAAUAACUGUAUUUAUUGAGACUGCUUGUAGGGCUCCAGUAUGCUGUAGCCCCAUGGCUGGGAAGAAUCCAAUUAAAGAGUCACAACAAAUGGGGAUUUAGCCUGUUAAUUCCCAGGCUGCUGAUUAGCUGUGCUCGCCAGUGCAGCAAAUCAUGUUUCAGCCUGCAGAAGAGAGACGAGCUUGGGAAAGCAUCCUGAUUUGUGUGUUAGCUUAACUUCCAUUUCCUGUCCACCCCAUACUUGUGCCACAUGCCUGGGGAGUCUGGAGGUCACAUGUGAGAGUGCCAAGUGCACAGAAUCAACUUUCAAGGAAAAGAAAAGGUUGAAAACACAACCACAGUCAUACUAAUUUUUAGUACAAAAAAGAAAACAUAUUUUGAUGAUUCUUCUUGUCUUCUACACAGCUUUCCACUGCUUAGUGCUCUCUGCUGUAACCUGUGCUGCAUCUGUUAGAUAUAAUUUUGUAAAUAGCCACAGUAUUGUGGCCUUGCCAGCACUCCUGAAUAUCCAAACAGUUUAACAGAACUGACUGGCAGCUGCCUGCUGAUGGGAAGCCAGGUUUAAUGCCUGAGCCACAGAGAUCACUGAUAUCACUUCUGAUAUCAGAAUAUCAAAUUCUGAUACUCACUUGGUAAUAGAAGACCAGGAUGGACAGGUCUUUCAGCAGCCUGGUCUAGUGGAAGGUGUCCCUGCUCAUGGCAGGGGCUUGGAACAAGAUGAGCUCCAAGGUCCCUUCCAACCCAGCUCACUCUACGACGCUGCAAGGCCACUGUCUGGGUUUAUCCCACCACAGCCCAAGGACUCAGACUAAUUGUCCUUUGUCCAGAAGAGCAUGACCCCAGGAGGUGAUCCAGGCCUGUGUGGCUGCAUGGAACAGGAGGGCAAUGCUGGUAAUCAGGAGCCUCAAUUACAUGGCACAGCUCUUGGCCUAAAAUGGUCUUUUAAAUGCUCUCUACUUGAGACUCCUUGAUUUACUUUAAUGACUGUUUCUGCCAAGCAUAAGCAAGUAGGUGGCACAACUGAGCACUGUCCUUUACUCUGCCCCCAAGAAACUAUUUCUCAGCAGUAAUCCUGAAUUGUAAAUAAAGCUCUCAAGGGUGGAUUUACCUGAAAGAGGAGGAGGAGGAGGCACUGAGGCGUCAGCACCAUCUGGUCCUGUGCUUGAUGCUGAGGGUGCAGGACACAGCUGCACAGCUCUCCUUCCUCUGCAUCCUCAUUCAGAUCUCAUUUAAAUCUGGCCCUGUGCCCUAAAUGCAACACUUUUAGGUGUGCAGGUUAAUAAAAAACCAUAAGCACAACUCCAGGGUUUGAUGAUUUCACCUCUUCUUGCGUAUGUGCUUGUGAGAAUAAACCACAUGAACUUGUUUCUAGGAAAAACACUUGAAUGCUUCCCAAGAAAUUGCCACAUCCAGUUGAGUAAGUACUGUCCUCCAGCCUUGGCCCACUUCCUUCUGCUCUAGAGUGCCUGGAAUGGGUUUGUUUGUCCCACUAACUCCUGAUGCUGGCGAGUCCCGUCCAUCCUGUCCCUUGUUCUUGGAGGAGCAGCCUUGGCAGCAACUCCCUCCAUGCCCAAAGGAAAGCAGGACAGGCACCCUGUGGGUCUGCCAGAGGGACUGAGCACCUCUGCAGAGCCACUUAGGUGGGAUGAGCCAGGUCUGAGCUCCCUGUCUGAGGAGCACAGGUUGCUCUGCCAUUCUCUGCUUCCCUCUGGCACAGCUCUGGUUGCCAGGGCAUAGUGGAGCAAUAAUGAAGCAACACCAGAGUUUCUCAUCUUAGGUGAGGUGCACAAAGAUCUGGUUGGUGUAGUUGCUAAGUUUCAGGAGGGUGCUCAUCUAAGACUGCAUUUAGGCUGAGCCUGGAUCUCUGCCCAGGGAACAUUUCCACCUCACCCCGCCGUGGCUGACCAGCAGCUGAAGAGCUUGUGUGUGCUGUGAACAACUCUGGGCCUGGGAUCUCAAGGGAUCUUGUGCUAGGGUUAAAAAGAUUGUAUGUUCAACAAAAAGGCUUAUGUACAUAGUUAAUGUGUGUUUAUUUUAUUGCUGAUCUUGUUGCACUUUCUGAGUAAGCCUCCUAAAAGUAGAUUAUUUAUUAUAUUAAAGAAGAUGCAUUAUAGGUUAUGGCAUUUCGUGUUCAACUGUAACAUAGAAAAUAUUAUCCUCCCUGUUCCAGACAGCUCCACUAACCAUGAUGUGUACAGCAUAUUGAGAUUCCUGACUAGUUCUGUCCUUCUGUCUUAAAAUAGUCCAACCCUCCUGAAUCGAGAGCAGACCUGCUUUGUCCCUGUGCCACCAGGGAGCCUCCCGGUGCCCUCCUGGCACAGCUCCUCCUGCUGUGGCGCUGCCCCUGCUCCCAGGCUGGUGCAGAACAGCUCCUUUGUGUAAAUGAAUGUUACUCUGCCUGUCUUUCCUCUUGCUUUGUCUGCAGGCGAGCUGAUGCCGACGGCUCCUCCCGCCCCGACAGCCCUCCACUCUUGCUUGAUCUAUGAUUUGUCCCGCCUUGCCGGCCGUUUGCUUUACUGCUGUCUCUUUACUUUUCCAGGACAGGCUAAACGAUGACUUCUUUUUUGUAAGAAGCAAACGCUUAAUUUCUUUCUGAUUUUUUUUUUUUUUUUUUUUGCUCUGUAUGUUAAUGCCCUACUUCAUGUGAGCCAAAACAUCUGCCUUUGGUUUCGUAAUCUGUAAAUGGUUCCUGGUGUUGACCUUUGAGCACAGCGAGUGGAUUCCCGAAACCAUGGUCAUCACUGAGCAUCACAUACACCUGCUGUAAAAAUGUUAUGCUGCAUUUCUGAACCUGAAAUAAACUGUCAUUCUUGAUGGGCUUUUAUUAUUACUUUCUGGAUGUGUAUGAGUGGUGUCUUCUGUCUCCUGCACCAUCAUGUCAGCAUUCCACAGUGCCUCUGUGGGGACUGCAGGGAGGAUUUAUUGGAGGUGCUGCUGUGCUGAGAUCACUGGAGAUGUCAUUAAAGGGGAGGUGGAACCUGUUGGGAAGCAUUCAGCCUGCUCCCCUGCAAGGGGCUUGGAGUGCUGCAGAGAUAUUUUGCUGGGAAAUGGAUGGUUUUACCAGCAGUACCUGGGGUUCACUGCAUUGCUGAGGAAAGCACGUUCAGAGGAGUUUCAGAGCUGAGCAGAUGGCCAGACUCAGUCCUCCAAAUCAGGAGUUGGAGUUAAAAUAUGCCUGAAAGGGAUUUCCCCCUAAAGAUUGUGUACAAACGUGCAGAUGUCCUAAUUACUCAGUUCCUCCUGCAGAUGAGGAUGAGCCAAGUAGCUGCAAUCAGUGCUUGGAGAUGGUCUGUAGGGCACAAAGAACACAACAGCUUCAUCUGGGAACUCCACAAUGGCUAAGGGGGUACUUAGGUUUUGGCAAAAGAGGGAGCAAAAGGUGGGAUGAGCACAGGAGGAACAUCCCUGCUGUUUCCUGUGACAUUUGAUUUCUUUAUUGGUCUUUAAUGGCCCUGGCUGGGGCAGUUUGUGCCCUUCCCCUGAGGGAACAGCAGUGUCCCACUGUCCCCUCUGGCUGGAGCCUGUCAGGUCCCCCUGGAUGAGCCUGGAGCCAGGAAUGUUGGUCAGGGGGAGCUCAGUGCUCUGUGCUGGGUACCAGGGGGAGCAGCUGCUCUGUGCACUGGGCCCUCACUGCCCCAGGGCUCUCCAGCCUUGGUCUGGUCUUUCCCAGAAAUGUCCCCUCCUGUCACCCCAGGGUCAUCCUCUUUGAUCAUUGAUCAUUUCAUCAGAGCCUCACAGAAGUUCUACUCAAGAACAGUGUUUGAAGCAGAUAAUGGUGAGAAUUUUAAGGCUGCCUGGGGAGAAGCUUUUGCAGAGGGCAUAAUUUGCUGGAAGAAAAUUAGAAAGCCUGUGAGCAGUGACCUCCACACCUGGGAUGGGAUUGUUGUGCUUCUCUGGCACUGGCAGGUCAGAAGGGAGGUGGUGAGGAUGAAAGCCAGGCUGUGCUGUGAGCCAGCUGAUUCUAAUCUUGCUCUUGCUCUUUUCCUUAAUAUGCAUGUUCUGUGCCUUUUUCUCUUAACCCAUUUUAUUAAGAUAAUUUUGUAUAUGAGUCAUUUUAUUGUAUCUUGGCCUUUUGUUGUAAAUCUCCCCCUCUCCCUGUGAUUUUUGGGUUAUUUUUUGGUUUUUUCCUAGGCGACCUCCACCAGCUGUUCCAGGAAGAUCAUCCUAACACACACAUUUCUUUUGUGUUACAUGCAAUGUCUUUUUUUUUUUUAAAUCCAAAAUUACCUUUAAUUUGCACCUAGCCUAUUUGUAAAUGAAAGAUUUUAUUUUCAGAUGUCAAUGAUAAGCCUGGAUGUAAAGAAAAUAAA